AUGGCGGCCGCUAUCAAGACAACUUUUGCACAGUGCAAGAAGGAGGACAGGCCUGCCCUUGUGGGCUACUUCACAGCAGGAUAUCCCACAAAGGAGGAAUGUCCUGAUAUCAUGCUAGGCCUCCAGGCUGGUGGCGUAGACAUCAUCGAACUCGGUCUCCCUUUCACAGAUCCCAUUGCAGACGGACCUACCAUCCAGAAAUCAAACACUGUCGCUCUCCAGAAUGGCGUCACGGUAUCAGCAUGCCUUCAAUUCGUUCGAGACGCUCGGAAACGUGGCCUCAAGGUCCCCGUGCUCUUCAUGGGCUACUUCAACCCUCUCCUUCGUUACGGUGAAGACCGCAUGUUAAAAGACUGCAAAGAAGCUGGUGUAAAUGGAUUCAUCAUGGUGGACCUGCCACCCGAGGAGGCUGUCAGAUUCAGAAACAACUGCACAAAGGCCGGGUUGUCAUACGUACCGUUGAUCGCCCCUGCAACGUCAGAAAAGCGGAUGAAGCUCCUUUGCAAAAUCGCCGAUUCUUUCAUAUACGUUGUCUCGAGAAUGGGCGUCACUGGUGCCACGGGCACGUUGAACACAAAACUUCCCGAGCUGCUGGAAAGGGUACAUCAAUAUUCUGGAGGAGUGCCAGCGGCUGUUGGAUUUGGUGUCAGCACAAGAGAGCACUUCUUAAGCGUCGCACAGAUCGCCGAGGGUGUGGUCAUUGGCAGUCAAAUCGUAAUAGAGCUCGGAAAAGCAAAGGAAGGCGAGCGCGCCAAGGCCGUACGAGAAUACUGUUCACAAAUCACCGGACGAAAAGUGGGCGAGUUCAACGACACGAAUGGCUUGACGAGAGAAGUUGGGAUUGUCGAGACCAUGGACGCCGCCAAAGAACCCAAUGCCACCACAAACGGCCUGAAUGGGCAUCAAGUCCAAGUCGACAAGGUCAUCACAGAUGCGGAUGUCCCUUCAGAACCCGGCCUAGCAGAUCAACUGGAUGCUCUCAACUCCGCUACUAAUGGUACUACACCGAAUCCCGACGCCAUUCCCGCUCAAUUUGGCCAGUUUGGUGGCCAAUACGUUCCGGAAUCAUUGAUGGACUGUCUGGCAGAGCUUGAGGAGGGCUUCGAGCAAGCACGGAACGACCCGGAAUUCUGGAAAGAAUUUAGAUCAUAUUAUCCCUACAUGGGCCGACCUUCGUCGCUUCACCUGGCGAAUCGCUUGACGGAAAAGGUCGGCGGUGCGCAGAUAUACUUGAAACGAGAAGACUUGAACCAUACUGGAAGCCACAAAAUCAACAACGCACUCGGUCAGAUCCUCCUCGCACGAAGACUGGGCAAGACCCGAAUCAUUGCCGAGACUGGCGCUGGCCAGCACGGUGUGGCGACCGCCACUGUCUGCGCCAAGUUCGGCCUGGAAUGUGUCGUGUAUAUGGGCGCGGAAGACGUGCGAAGGCAAGCACUGAACGUGUUCCGCAUGAAACUGCUCGGCGCGAAGGUCGUCGCUGUCGAAGCUGGAUCCCGGACGCUUCGAGACGCCGUCAACGAGGCACUACGUGCGUGGGUCGUCGACCUCGACACGACGCACUACAUCAUCGGGUCCGCCAUUGGGCCUCAUCCGUUCCCAACCAUCGUCCGCACAUUCCAGAGCGUCAUCGGGCAGGAGACGAAAGAGCAGAUGAAGGAACUCACGGGCAAACUGCCCGACGCGGUCAUUGCUUGUGUGGGCGGCGGCUCGAACGCCGUGGGCAUGUUUUUCCCUUUCAGCAAGGACCCUUCGGUCAAAUUGAUUGGCGUGGAAGCCGGCGGCGAGGGUGUCGAGACUGGCAGGCACUCGGCCACACUGUCUGGCGGGUCAGUCGGGGUCCUGCACGGCGUGCGCACGUACGUUCUGCAGAAUGAGCACGGGCAGAUUUCCGACACGCAUUCGAUCUCGGCCGGGCUGGAUUAUCCUGGUGUCGGGCCCGAGUUGUCGAGUUGGAAGGAGACUUCGCGCGCGAUGUUUAUCAACGCUACCGACUCACAGGCCCUGAUUGGCUUCCGCACUCUGAGUGAGACCGAGGGUAUCAUCCCGGCUUUGGAGUCUAGUCAUGCCGUGUAUGGGGCGAUGGAGGUGGCCAAGACGAUGAAGAAGGAUGAGACGAUUGUCAUUUGUUUGAGCGGUAGGGGUGAUAAGGAUGUGCAAGAGGUGGCGGAUGAGUUGCCUAGACUGGGUCCUGGUAUCGGUUGGGAGCUGAGGUUUUAA